UUAUUUAGAUAUUUAGAUAUUUCUUUCGGUCCGCGCAGAUACUAGACAUCUUUAAUACCUGAAUUGUCUCGUGUUUGUGAACAUUAGUGUAGUGUAGUGAAGAGUCCUAGCAUUGAAGAUUAGCCAAUUCCGUGAGUAACGUCAACGUGUGGCUGUGUUCCAAAUCCAUGUGCACUAUAAAGAAGUGCACAUAUAGUGACUUCAGGACAGCCCAUACAGUACCUUUUUAUAAAUAAGCACCAGUAGGACAAUAAUGUUAUGUUGAAGCCUACACCUUGACUUUACCUGUGCAGGUCGAAUUCCAUCGUGCUGUUGGCUUCAUCCAUGAGUGUGCUGCUGGUCGAGGCGUUCUAUGGCGGCUCUCACAAGCAGCUGAUGGACCUUCUUGUUGAGGCCGUAGAUGACUGUGUGCUGUACACGCUUCCUGCGAAGAAAUGGCACUGGAGGGCCAGAACAGCUGCUCUGCAUUUCAUGCAGGCGAUCCAGAGCAGCCAGGCAUACAGGAUUUUAUUAACGAGCUCGGUGCUCAACCUCGCCGAACUGGUGGCCCUGAGGCCGGACUUGGGCUCUCUGAAGAAGAUCCUGUACUUUCACGAGAACCAGUUGAUUUACCCCGUCCGCAAAAACCAAGAGAGAGACUUCCAGUACGGAUAUAACCAGAUCCUUUCAUGCCUGGUGGCGGACCUGGUCCUGUUCAACUCGGCGUUCAACAUGGAAUCGUUCCUGUCCUCCAUCUCCAGCUUCAUGAAAACGAUGCCUGAUCACCGACCCAAAGGCCUGGAGCAGCUCAUCCGGCCCAAAUGCAGGGUCCUUUACUUUCCCAUCCGCUUCCCUGACGUCACAAGAUUUCUGCCCGAACACAAGCGCCGGCUGAGACAAACCCAGUCUCCGUGUAACUUCAGCUCCAAAACAAGUCCUGAAAUAGCAGCAGCCAGCUCCGGAGAACCUCAAAGCGGGGAGGAGCAAAGACUCGAGUGCGAUGCAGAAGAGCCAGAGCAUCGUCCAGAUCUGGGAAAUGAAGGGCCCCUGCACAUUGUCUGGCCCCAUCGUUGGGAACAUGACAAAGACCCUGAGCUGUUUUUCCAGACCUUAUUUAAGCUGACAGAGCGAGAACUGCGCUUCGAAGUGUCCGUCCUCGGGGAAACAUUCACCCAUGUACCAGGGAUCUUCGCAGAGGCUAAGGAACGGCUGGCUCGCCACAUCCGCCACUGGGGUUUCAUGCCCAGUAAGGAGGACUACCUCAGAACGCUGUGCCAAGCAGAUGUUGUCGUUUCCACGGCCAAGCACGAGUUCUUUGGCGUGGCCAUGUUGGAAGCGGUACAUUGCGGUUGCUACCCGCUGUGUCCAAAGGCUCUCGUCUACCCGGAAAUAUUCCCUGGUUCGUAUCUCUACUCAACACCUGAGCAACUUUUCAAGAAACUCCAGAGUUUCUGUAAGCAUCCACAUUUAGCGAGACAGCACGAUAUUCAGGUGAACACCAGAAGGUUCUCCUGGGAAGCUUUGGGGCAGGAGUACAGAUCUCUGUUGACAGCAGGCCUCAGUAACACGUCAUGACAGAUGUGCACAUUUUCAAGUACAAUAUGAACAUCAGUCAGGACGAGGUUCUUGUUUUAAAAGAAAUAACUACGAAAAAGACGAUUUUAGGUGCGUUUUAUACACACGAUCUUUGGGUUCGACCGAGAUUUUCACUAAAACUGUUUUCAUCCGAUUUCAUUUUACUACGUUGUUAAACUCAAUCCUGUCUGUUAUGUGAGACUUCACAGGUAAGUAGCAAAAAAAUGGCAAAUAAAAACAGUAGAAAAGGAGCACAAAACUAUGCAGACACCCUUCAUGAACCUUCAUGUCCUACAGGCAGCUAAAAUAAAGUGUUACUCAUGACUCUCAUAGCUGCCACAGCCACAGACCUGCCUCGGCCUCACCACCUCUCCACUAAAACAACACGGACCUCGACGCCGAGCGCUUUUAUAUGCAUACUUUUAAGGCAGAGGAGGAGAAGGGAAAAAAAAAAAAAAGAAGUAAGAAAAUAAACAACCUAGAAAACCUG